GAUGACAGUUCUCUCGCAAGGCAGCCAGUUUCUGCAGAAAACUUGUUCCAGCAUUUAACGCCACGGACACCUGAAGUCUCGUGGAAAGAAAAAGCAGGUUUCUCAAUGACUAGCAAAGUUCGUUUAUGAGAUUGGAAAUAACUGUGAUACCAAGCAUCCGUCUGGAUGCAGAGGUCUUUUCACAGAGGAUAUUCAGCAUUCGUAAACGGAUUUGCGGAUUUGCAUGGGGUAAAAAUGGAGGCAGAAAUAAACUUCUGAAAUUGAAUCCUGGUCCAGGAAUGAUGGCUUCUCAGCUGUAUACACAUGCUUUCAAUAUCUCCCCAAUAGAGAAUAGGAGAUUGUGCAUAAAUGGAACACCGUGGAUUUGGCAUCUCCUAGAAGAAUGUGUCGAGAAUGCGUGGGAGUAUUGGAGCGUUGUCAUAGGACUGAUUUCCAUUGUCUGUUUUCUGUUUGCUGCACUACCUCAAAUUUACGUUGCCUGUCAGAAUGGAAGAGUGGAUCAAGCGCUGUCUUUGGGCUUUCUGCUGUGUUGGAUAGCUGGAGAUCUUACAAAUUUCAUAGGCUGCUAUUUAACAAAUCAACUGCCAAUUCAGAUUGUCACUGCCAUUUUUUAUGUUAACAUGGACAUAAUUAUGAUUUCACAAUUUAUCUACUAUAAGCUCAAGAACCAGAAGAUGACAAAAUGCAGCAAAAGCCUGAAGAACUUCUGUAUAACCUGGAUUGUGGUGUGUAUAGCACUGUGUGUUAUUUUACCCUGUCAGCUGUUACUAAGGAACCAAGACCAGAGUACAGUAAUCGAAAGGAGUAAUAACUCUCUUGAUAUGGUUGAAAUGUCAGGCUUCAUUUGUGGCUACAUAUCCUGUGUGUUUUACUUGGGAAGUAGAUUUCCUCAGCUGUAUAAAAAUUUCCGAAGAAGAUCAACAGAAGGCACCUCUUACCUGCUGUUUGCAUUAGCUAUGAUGGGAAACUGUACAUAUGGACUGAGCCUUGUGUUAAAGAUGCCAGCUACCAAAUCCUUCCAGGCCCUCUACCUUUUACACCAUCUUCCAUGGCUCAUUGGGAGCUUUGGAGUUUUGUUUCUAGACAUUUUUGUGACUCUGCAAUUCAUCCUGUAUCGUCAGCACACGGAAAGACAACCUGCUUUAGUGGCACUGGAGGUGGAACCAUUGCUGGUGAGCGAGGAGACUGCCUAGUGUCGGGCUGGGUUCGGCUCCUGUUUUCUUUGGAUUUUGCUCUUGGAUGACUUUGACAAACAGUUAAGAUUGGAGUUGCUUAGGGACCAAAUUUAUUACUUAGGUUUUAUUAUUUAUUUUGCCGUUAAUUUGUCACUAGUUAUUUGCAAAUGACAUGCCAGUAAACUAUUUAAUAUUUACCCUGUUGUUUCAGGAUAGAUACAAUUAUUUUUUUCCUGAUUUUUUUCCCCAUUUUAGCUGUUUCUCCCCAAAGUGUGAUAUGGAGUCACAGCAAUAGGUGCUGUAGAAAUAUUUAUUUGACAUCAUGGAACAGUGCAUAUCAUGGGAUGACUAUUUUUAGAUGAACGUGUACAUCUAGUUAACAGUAGCAUGGCUGUUUAAGAACAGGGGAUGAGAUUACCCCUGUGCCUUGAACCCAACUUGGAGUUACAGACUGUUCGGUCCAGUUGCGUUUUAUGUAAGGGGUUUUUUAUUCAUACCCAAUUUUGUAUGCAUCAGAAGAAAAAACACCCUAUAAUUAAGUAACUUCAGUGCAGAGGAUCUGCUACUGGUGCAAAAGCAGAAUCCUGGUGUAGUGGGAGCCUCAUGUACAGCUCAUUGCAGAGUAUCAUUAUGCAUUUUGUUUUUAAGAGUUAAAGCAUUUAUACAUCAAUAUCUGUGUGUUCCAAGGAAUUUUUGUACAACAUGCAUUUUCUUUGCAAGCUUCUGGUUUAGAUAAGUACCACGGGGGAAAAAAAAACAGAAGCUAAGGAGACCGUACCUUGCAGUUGCGGGGUUUUUGCAAUACUGUGUUGUGU